AUGUCAGUGAAAGCCAAAGCUAUUUACACUUUUUUAAGUGAAAACAAAGAGGAGAUUAGCAUCCAGGAGAACGAGGAACUGGUUAUUUUCGAUGAAAACUCUGUGGACGGCUGGUUCCAAGGGGAGAACAGCCGAGGGGAGAGGGGUCUUUUUCCUGCAUCUUACGUGGAGAUUAUUCGCACUCGCUCAAACUCCAAUGUGACCGACUGCUCCAUAAGUCCGGCUGGCUCUUUAGGAAAUGAUUCCUCCUAUUUCCCAUCCACCCCAAACACCUCGCUUUCUAUGGGGCAGAUUGAUGAUGAAGAUGAUUAUGAUGAUUGGGAUGACUGGGACGACAGAUCCACAGUUGUGGAGGAUGCUGAUAACACAAGGAGUCCUGGAGCGAAUGGACAUAUCUAUCAAAGUCCCCUAUCCAACAACCCCAAUGUGCACUAUAGGCCAAAGCAAAUAUCCAGGCAAGACAGCAUCUCCAGUUCCAGGAAGGGAAGUAUGGUGGGCAGAAACUUGAACAGAUUUUCUAGUUUUGUCCGCUCAGGGGUAGAGGCGUUUGUGCUUGGUGAUGUCCCCAUGAUGGCAAAGAUUGCAGAAUCGUACACUAUUGAGAUGGGUCCCCUGGGGCCCCGAUGGAUGGAGAACCCACAGCCUUUUGUCUGCUCUGUUGAAGACCCCACCAAACAGACAAAGUUCAAGGGUAUCAAGACCUACAUCUCGUAUCGGGUAACGCCGAGCCACACGGGGAGUCCUGUCUACAGACGCUACAAACACUUUGACUGGCUGUACAACCGCUUGCUUCACAAGUUCACUGUGAUCUCUGUUCCUCACCUACCUGAGAAGCAAGCCACAGGCCGAUUCGAGGAGGACUUCAUCGAGAAGCGCAAGAGGCGGCUGAUACUCUGGAUGAACCACAUGACCAGUCACCCAGUCCUCUCUCAGUACGAGGGCUUCGAACACUUCUUGAUGUGUGGAGACGAUAAACAGUGGAAACUGGGCAAGAGGAGGGCGGAAAAGGACGAGAUGGUGGGUGCACAUUUCAUGCUGACCCUCCAAAUCCCCAAUGAGCACCAGGACCUUCAGGAUGUCGAGGAGAGGGUAGACAACUUCAAGGCCUUUGCCAAGAAAAUGGAUGACAGCGUCAUGCAGCUCACACACGUGGCCUCGGAGCUAGUGCGUAAACAUCUGGGUGGUUUUAGGAAGGAGUUCCAGCGGCUGGGGAAUUCCUUCCAGUCUAUAAGUCAGGCGUUCAUGCUGGACCCUCCCCACAGAUCCGACACCCUUAACAACGCCAUCUCUCAUACUGGCCGCACCUAUGAGAACAUUGGAGAGAUGUUUGCAGAGCAACCUAAGUAUGACCUCUUCCAUAUGCUGGAUAAGUUGUCGCUCUAUCAAGGACUGCUCGCCAAUUUUCCAGACAUCAUCCAUCUACAGAAAGGUGCCUUUGCUAAGGUCAAGGAGAGCCAGCGGAUGAGCGACGAAGGAAAGAUGGACCAGGACGAGGCGGACGGCAUCAGGAAACGCUGCCGGACUGUGGGCUUUGCCCUCCAAGCAGAAAUGAGCCACUUCCAUCAGCGACGGGAGGUGGACUUCAAAGACAUGAUGCAGGCCUACCUCAGGGAGCAGAUUGCGUUUUACCAGCGUGUCGUCCAGCAACUGGAGCGCACCUUGCGCAUGUACGACUGUCUGUAG